CACUCGAUGCAGGCGCUGUCUUGGCGGAAGCUCUUGAGCCGCGCCAAGCUGAAAGCCUCCAGCCGCACCUCCGCGCUGCUCUCCGGAUUUGCCACCGUGGCCAUGGUGGAAGUUCAGCUCGACGCAGAACACGACUACCCUCAAGGGCUCUUGAUAGCCUUCAGUGCCUGCACUACUGUCCUUGUUGCAGUUCACCUUUUUGCACUCAUGAUAAGCACCUGCAUUCUUCCAAACAUAGAGGCUGUCAGCAACGUGCACAAUCUCAACUCUGUCAAGGAAUCUCCUCACGAGCGAAUGCACCGGCACAUCGAGCUCGCGUGGGCAUUUUCUACUGUCAUUGGGACUUUGCUCUUCCUUGCAGAGGUGGUGUUGCUGUGCUGGGUGAAGUUUCUUCCUUUAAAGAAGAAAACUGAUAAUACCCCGCAGGGCAACAGUUCUACCAUCACGUCGGGACAGGCGGCAGCCAUUGCAUCCACAUCUAUUAUGGUGCCCUUUGGAUUGAUUUUCAUUGUGUUUGCAGUCCACUUCUACCGGUCACUGGUGAGCCAUAAAACAGACAGGCAAUUCCAGGAGCUGAAUGAACUUGCUGAAUUUGCACGGCUCCAGGAUCAGCUGGAUCACAGAGGUGAUGCUGUCUCCUCAGCCGUUACCAAUUUUGCCUAAGCCCGUGCUUCAGGAAGAUAACCCCACUGUUCUGCUUCUGCCUUACGUUGACUGCCCUGUGGAUGAACGGGUUGAACUGCUGAUCACUGUUUGAAGAGAGAUUAUAAAUAUUGUUCUAACCCUUUAGAGAAGGAAAAAAAAUGUUCCUUUCGUGCAGUUUUUGCUAUCUGAAGGAAGGGAUGGUGGGGUGUGAUUGCACUGUGCGUGCAGCCCUCCUCCUGUGAACACUGUCUCGCUUAUUUUCUCAUUAAUGCUGAAUGGUGGCCGUAUAAAUACAUGGAAAAUAACAUUGUACAUUUGGGUAUUUACUAGGAAUGGGUAAAGAAGUUGUUGAGUUGUUUUUUUUCUCUGUUUAUUUGAUGUUGGCAUUUACUAGAAGAUACUGCUUGUCCGAUCCAUAUUGCAUGGCAUGAUACAAAUUACUUGGGACAUGCAGCAAUUAGCACUUGGUUUUGGUGCUGGUGCUGCUCUCCCUGGAAAGCCUGACAGAUGGUAGGAGCGAGAGCUUUCCCACCACUUUCCCCAGUAUGUUUUGCUGCCAAGUAAUUAUUACUUUACUGAUUUCUCCAGCGCCUUUUUCCCGUGGCACUUACACAUUUUGUAACUUGCUAAACACCCCGGACUAGUCUUACUGUGAUGUGGUGUGGCCACAUGAGUAGGAAUGAGACUCGACUCUUCCGUGGAAGAAAAUAAAAGCAAUAACUGUUUUUAAAGUUCUCAUGAGCUGGCAAAUAUUAUCUGGAGAGAUAGAUCUGCCUGUUUCUCAUUUAGGAAUCUUUUUUUAAAAAGGAGGAACUAGAUGGAAAUUAUCACUGGAUAAUUUUUUUUUUUGCUUGAAAAUCAGAACCACUGCUGUUUUUUUCCAAGCCAAAGUAGUAAUUAUUUUAUACUUUUAUAUUGAAAAUAUAUUUUUAAUAAAUCCUCAGAUACAAGCAGCAAAAGGUGCUUUCUCUGUGUUGGAUUCCCAAGUAAUUAGCUAUGCCUUGGUCUUCCUUGUUUAGAAAAGUCUUCUUGCUGAAGUGUUAUAUAUUUAAUAACUCAUACAUUUUUCGAUUCCAGAGGAAUCUGGAAGGCAACUAUUCUGGAUGUAUAUUUAUUUAUGAAAGUAGGUUGUUUGUAAUUAAUAUUGGCUGCUUACUUUCAGACACAUCUGUGACAGCAAAGCUACUGUGUCAUUCUUUAUUUCCUCUUAAGGCAAAAACUUCCAUUUGGUCUCCUAGAUAAGAAGUUUGUUCAAGAAAGUUUGCAGCAGUUGUCCUGGGCUGCUUCAGUAAUUGUGGCCAUGUCUAGGAGUGGGAUUUUUUGGAAUACAGUUCUUCCAGGCAGUGGCUCUGGGAUUUAAUAGGUAAAAGCUGUUUUUUGAACACAAACUGAGACAGGUUUCAAGUCUAAGGGAAAAAA